GACGCGGAUGACGCGGCGCCCGCCAGGCCGCUGCCCCGCCGCCCGGCCGCGGGGCCCGCCUCGGCCCGCCCCUGGCCCUCCCCGCCCGGCCUCCCGUGCGCCCCUGUCAGAUUGUGGCGACCGGCCGCGCGGUGCGCUCUCCUCCGCCUGCAGCCGGGCCAGGCGGCUCGCGCGCGGCACACCCCCACAUCCCAGCCGGCGCUGCCGCCCGAGCUCCGCUCUGCUCAGCUCCGCCCUGCCCAGCCCUGGGCCGCACGCCCGCCUGCCCUCGGCGACAUGGCACACGCGCCGGCACGCUGCCCGAGCCCCCGGGGCUCCGGGGACGGCGAGAUGGGCAAGUUCAGGAAGGUGGCGCUCAUCACUGGCAUCACCGGCCAGUGAGAAUUGUGCACUCUGUGAAGAGCCCAGCUGCCAGUGAUGAUUGGAGACCUGGCCCCUAAGUCCGUGAUACUCCUUCCUUCCCAGGAUGGUUCGUACUUGGCUGAGUUCCUGCUGGAAAAAGGCUAUGAGGUCCAUGGAAUUGUACGGAGAUCCAGUUCAUUCAAUACAGGUCGAAUUGAACAUUUGUAUAAGAACCCCCAGGCACAUAUUGAAGGAAACAUGAAGUUGCACUAUGGAGAUCUCACUGAUAGUACCUGCCUCGUGAAGAUCAUCAAUGAAGUAAAGCCUACAGAGAUCUACAACCUUGGAGCCCAGAGCCACGUCAAAAUUUCCUUUGACCUAGCCGAGUAUACUGCGGAUGUUGACGGGAUUGGCACUUUGCGGCUUCUGGAUGCAGUUAAGACCUGUGGCCUUAUCAAUUCAGUGAAGUUCUACCAGGCCUCAACAAGUGAGCUUUAUGGGAAAGUGCAAGAAAUACCCCAGAAGGAAACCACCCCUUUCUAUCCUCGGUCGCCCUAUGGGGCAGCAAAACUGUAUGCUUAUUGGAUUGUGGUGAACUUCCGGGAGGCAUAUAAUCUCUUUGCAGUGAAUGGCAUUCUCUUCAAUCAUGAGAGUCCCAGAAGAGGAGCUAAUUUUGUUACUCGAAAAAUUAGCCGGUCAGUAGCUAAGAUUUACCUUGGACAACUGGAAUGUUUCAGUUUGGGAAAUCUGGAUGCCAAACGAGAUUGGGGCCAUGCCAAGGACUAUGUAGAGGCUAUGUGGCUGAUGUUGCAGAAUGAUGAGCCAGAGGACUUUGUCAUAGCAACAGGGGAGGUCCAUAGUGUCCGUGAAUUUGUUGAGAAAUCAUUUUUGCACAUUGGAAAAACCAUUGUGUGGGAAGGAAAGAAUGAAAAUGAAGUGGGAAGAUGUAAAGAGACCGGCAAAGUUCACGUGACUGUGGAUCUCAAAUACUACAGACCAACUGAAGUGGACUUUCUGCAAGGAGAUUGCACCAAAGCGAAACAGAAGCUGAACUGGAAGCCCCGGGUCGCUUUUGACGAGCUGGUGAGGGAGAUGGUGCACGCCGACGUGGAGCUCAUGAGGACCAACCCCAACGCCUGAGCGCGGCCUCAGAAUCCCCGGCGACCUCCGACCUGUCGUCCCGCUUGGACCCCGCGGGUGCGGGGUUGCAGCCGCAGACAAGCGCAGGGGUGUACCCGGGAGGGGCACGUAAAUACAGUCGGUGCCUUGCCCAGCCGGCAGGAGAGAGGGCUGCCAGGUUUGUAGCAACCGGGACGUGACACUCCGGGUUUGGCCGCUUUGCUUUUGUCGAAGCCUCCUCUGAAUGGUUUUGUGAAAUCAAGAUGUUUUAAUCACACAUUCACUUUACUUGAAAUUAUGUCACUUAGACAACUUAAAUUCUGGGGCCUUUAAAUUGUUUUUUCUUAUUAAAAAUGAUCUUUUUACGAA